GAACCUGGGCAUGUGUUGGAGAUACUGGUAGGGACUCUUGUUAAAAGAAGACAAGACAAUCGAAGACCAAAUAUAAAAUAAUUAGACAGUUUAUUUUUUAGAAAUAGUAGGCUAUUUUAAAUGAUUGCCAAUUUGUUGGAAUAUUUAAAUGUAAGGUAGACUUAUUGGUAUAGGAACUUUAGUCAAUUGUACUUAGCUCGAGUGAGAGAAAAAAACAUCGGUAGGUGGACGAAAUGUUUCAGUUUGUGCAUUUAUCUCAAAAUCCGUAAACGCGCUUUCAAUUCACUGGACGUGAAACGGGGGCACCGUGAACCUAUGACAUUGCACAUACACUGAGACUGGGGCUGCAAAUGGGCGGCAUAGGUGGCAAUCUUUACCUCAGUAUGUUGAAUGGGACUGAUACGCAAACUUUCGGAAAAGACACCGAUUUCAACAAUCACCUUCAACGCAGCAAGAAUUCCGUGGAUUUUAAAAUGGGAAUUCAGGACACCAGAUUAUAUUACCAAGACUCAAUUCAAAACGGACAGGACGGAUCGGCACUGCCGUACCACGCAGACCAAACUGUAGCCGGAUUCGGAGCGCAACCCGGGAGGUUUUACUCACCAACUCCCCACAAUAGCUGCCACUUCAGCAGUGUCAGGUCGCCGACUAGAAACGGAAUGGGACAGACUUAUUUACCAACGGGAAGCGAAGGUUUCUCGACAACUAGCAAAGAAGUUUACCCUGCCUCUGCGGAGAGUUAUCCCGCGCCCGUUCAACAUGGGUACUAUCGCGCGCCACUCUACCCAUUACCUGGGCUACAGGUGUGCGGAAAGACGCAGGCUCUCCUCAACAACUAUCCUCUGUGGGCGAAGUUCCACAAAUACCAAACCGAAAUGAUCAUAACGAAACAGGGGCGGAGGAUGUUCCCCUUCCUGAGUUUCAACAUCAGCGUUCUGGACCCGUCAGCCCAAUACAAUGUGUAUGUGGACGUGGUCCUAUCCGACCAGCACCACUGGAGGUACCAGGGAGGCAAGUGGGUCCAGUGUGGCAAAGCAGAGGGUAACAUGCCAGGGAACAGGAUGUAUAUGCACCCAGACUCUCCCAACACAGGGGCUCACUGGAUGAGGCAGGAGGUAUCGUUUGGCAAGCUCAAGCUCACCAACAACAAGGGCAGUGCCAACAACGUGGGCCAGAUGAUCGUUCUGCAGUCACUUCAUAAGUACCAGCCACGGUUGCACAUCGUCGAAGUGAAGGAGGAUGGUUCUGAGGACCUCUUCCUCACCGCCAAGGCCCAGACCUUCGUCUUCCCAGAGACCCAAUUCAUCGCCGUCACAGCCUAUCAGAACGCAGACAUCACCCAGCUAAAAAUAGACCAUAACCCCUUUGCGAAAGGUUUCCGGGACAAUUAUGACGCGCUGUACGCACCACCUGACUCAGACCGCGUCACCCCCUCUCCCACCGAGGGCCAGCAGCUUUUGGCAGGUACCUGCUAUACCCAGGGGUACCUGAUGGACCAGUACAUGAACCCCCUGCCCCAGAACCGCUUCUACAGCCGGGAGCACAUGGCAGCCAUGGGCCAUCAGACCAAAGACCCCUCAGCCAGCCCCCACAGCCGCUGGUACCGCUCCCCCCAGCAGAGUGUCACCUCCAACCGGCUGGACUUCAACUCCUAUGAGGGUGACUUCUCCAGCAACAGCUUCUACAAGCCCUUCCCCCUGCAGACGUCGGCCCACCACACGCUGAGCUACUACGAGGACAGCCCGUUCGCCACGGCCAGCGUAUCCGUCUCAGGAGCCUCCUCGGCAGCCUGGAGCACCGGCCGGCCCUCCCCUCAGUACCUCAACCAUCCCUGUUCCAGUAAAGUCGGCCCCAGUCUAGGCUGGUUCAGGCCUGUGUCCUCUACCUCUCCAGGUCACCCCAGGCUCCACCCCCCAUCCCUCCUGGAGCCGCUCCGCCCCCCACCUUCACUGCAGGACAAGCCCAAGGAGGCGGGGGUGGGGGGAGAGGACCUCUGGCUGGAACCCCCCUCGGUCAAAUCUGUGGACUCGGCUGACUCCGGCCUGUUCGAGGGCGGGGCAGAGGGCAAGAAGCGACGAGUGUCACCCUACGCUUCCAGCACGGAGAACUCGCCGCCCACCCGCAGCGUGGAGGUCUGUGAAAAGGACUGCAGUAGUGAUGCCGGCUACUACGGCUUUUAUACCCACUGAAGCCGCCCCCCCACCACGUAAAUACCCUCUCCCAGUGUCCCCCUCCUGUCCUCUUUGUGCUUUGGUAUCUCCCACAUGGCCGUGUCUCUCUGCCUGUCCCAUGAAGUCAUGUAAUGGCGCUGGACUGAAGCUCCAUUGGUCACAGAACGCCAACAUCACAGAUGGGCCAGGUAAAUGGCACCUCAACCAUUUUGACACAUACAGACAGACUGGACCUCUCGACAGCCCAAAAGGGAGACUUCUCUAAGGUUGUGUUUUGGGUACGUGUUUGAGGACAAGGACCUCCUAAGGUCAGGCAGGAACACUUUGAACAUGACUGUUAAUGUGUGCGAGGGCCAAAGUGCAAAGGCAAUAUGAUUGGGUCCACAGACACAGCCCUAGAAACAUACAGACACACAGACCUUUGACUUAAGUCUUUUUAACGUUUGGGGAUUCAAAAAUAAGACGUCUGCACACCUGCUGACAGACCCCUGCAGGGACUGUCCAGUCUUCCCCCAUCACACUCACACACAGACACACACUCUCUUUCACACACACAUGCUCACACACAGACACACGCUCUCUCUCACACACACACACACCAUUCUCCAGCUCCACUUUUAGUAUAUGCUCGCGGUCACAUGACCCAAUGUACUGAGACGCAGACACGACUGGUUGUAUGCUAAUAACAAAACGGAAUCAUUUCUGUCUCAUCCUCUGUCUAAGGAGUUUGGAACUCCCCCUUGUGACAGCAGAGAAGAACUGCAGGCUGAUGGCGAGUGUGCAAGCGAGAGCAGAGGCCAGCGUCAGGUGUUAGAGGUGAGGGGAGCUUAGCGAGCACAUGACCUGAAGGGUCAAGGCUAAUUAGCAUCAAGGCUGACGGGCCAGUCUUCCUGUGACCUACUGUCACCUACAUCAGGUCUGUCAUUUAGAACAACACAGCCUUAGCAGCCAAUCCAAAGACUCACAACACAAUGGAAGUCAGCAUAUCUCACAGACAAUCUGAGGCAACUACAAAGGCGAUGAAUUAAAACGUGAGCCAGUCAGACAACACACAACAGAAAUCAUUACCAGCAGGAUAUAUGGUUCUUACAUAGAGGAAGUCUCUGGGGGUGACUCUGUGGGUGACAGGCAGCCUCUCACUCAGAGGACCCUGGGAUACUGGUGGUCUAAAACCACAUAUUGCUGGGUGUGUGUGUGCUCCAAUUGCGAGGCCAUAAGAAAGGACAGGAAUAUAAUCAAGGCAAGGCCUCAUUAUUUAUUGCACUUAUGAUUACGGUAUAUCGUACACAGAGUACAGUCAGAAGACACAUGGCCUGUCACUUAUUAAGUGACAGGCCAGCCAUGAAAACAUGACUCACAAACACAGUCACUCACUCACACUGGAAGGUGACCAAAACAAAUCCACUUUUGAGUUUAAAAGAAGACAAUGGGUCUGUGUAUCUACAGUCAGCCCUACUGGCUAUGAUUGAAUAUACUUCAUGUAUGAUAUUUAAAAAACAACAUUUUUUAUCCUACUUACAUAUACUGGAUGUUCAUUUUGUUUACCUCCUCAAAGUGUUUUUAUAUUAUUCAUUCAUGAAUUGUACAGAUGCCAACUUUCAAAGGGAAAUUCUGCCAUUUUGUGUCAGGCUAAACUGCCUUUCUACAAACAAACAGAGAAGCUGGUUUUCCUAUUGGAAGGCGGAAGAAAUCAGUGAUUCUCUGACAUAAAACUGGAGCAAUAGGAUGGAGAAGACAAUCAGAUGUGUGGUAUUGCAGAAGUCUUGUAAAUGAAAUAUGUUCGCAAACAGAAAGACACCUUCCCUAAACAGAGCUUAGUAUAAUGUGACUUUUGCUGUGACACCAUCAUAAUGCAAUAAUGCCACAGCACAGUAAAGGUCAUUGGACUGACUUCAUGUACUACAAAAAGGGGAAAGGGAAUCAAAUGGAAUUUAAAAAGUCUAGCUAUAGAUGUUUUCUUAUGUAGAGUUGAUCUUAUGCUGGACACUAUAGAAAUGUAUUGCUGACAUGAGUCUCUUCCUGAAAAGUUUAUUUUUACCCCUUAAGCAGUUUAAAUGAAUGAAAAGGGGGACUUCAUUAUUACAGUUGUUUGUUAAGGGGUGGAAAAUUCGUUGUUAUUUAAGUGCAAUUAAAAUGAGAUGUGAAUUAACGUUUUAUUUAUAACGUGUUCAGUAUUGCAAAGAUGAAAUGAAAAACAUUGAUUUGAUCAAAUGCUUGGAAAAUGUGCAGAAAUGUUUUACUCUGUAUCUUGUGCUACAUGAUUUUGUAUGUGACGCUGUCUGGCACCGUGACCUGCAUUAACAUGACUGCUAGUGAGUUGAGAGAUAUAGAUCAUUCUGUCUGUAUGUGGUGUAGACUCCUCAGGACGGCCUCCUGGUGUACAUCUCCUUACAAUAAACAAAAACUCCUGCCAAUAGAAAUCUUCUAUAAACAAUCUAUAACCCAUGAUUCAUUGCCAUCCUUUUAUUAGAAUUAAGUUGUGAAUGGGAAAUGUCGUCCCGCCUUGACUUAAAAUGCUCAAAGAGGAUUAGGAUGGGGUAGACUUGAAAGGUCAAAUUCUCCAUCCAACAGUUGGAUAGUGAAACAUGUUAAUUUGUGUUUAAUGUGGACUGUUUGUCUCCGAGGUAGGGCACCUUGCCUUCAGUCUGUGAAAUGGCCGGUCCUUAAAUUAUCGUAAAGGUGUAUAAAUCAGUGAUUAACUCAAUAGGUCCGAGGAGGCUGUAAAGGAUGAACAUUCUGAUGAUCCAGGAAUGCAGUAGAGAAAUGCAAAAUAUUGUACUAAAUUAAGAUUUUUAAAUUCUAAUGUAAUAAAGACUCGAUUAGCAGAAAACAGUGAAGGACAAAACAUGUUUAAUUUAUUAAAAGGUGG